AUGUCUUUAUCCCAGAUCACCCCAUGCCUUUUCCUGAGCGGAGCUGAUGCUCCACUUAAUCGAACCCUCAUGACUCGUAAAGGCAUCACCCUCAUCGUAAAUGCCACCCUGUCCCACAGCUGCCCCACAUACCCAGGUGUUGAGUGUGUACGUGUGGCUGUACCUGAUCUUCCCACUGCACGCCUGAGUGAUCACUUUGACCGAGUAGCAGCCCGCAUUCAUAACAACCGAGUGGGUGGAACGUUGGUGCACUGCGCAGCAGGCAUGAGCCGUUCACCCGCCUUGAUCAUGGCCUACCUCAUGAAGUACAAGGGAGUGACACUGUGCCAGGCGCAUCACUGGGUGAGGCAGAGCCGACCCUCGAUCCGCCUUAACGCAGGAUUCUGGGACCAGCUUUUGGACUACGAGAAGAGACUUUAUGGGAAAAAUACGGUGAAAGUUGCUGCUCCACAGGAAAUGCCUAAAACGCCCAAAAUGAUGCCCAGAUACAGUCUGAGAGAGUGUCCAUCAUCUCCAAGGCUGGGCUGGUUUAGACGAUAA